UGGUUAUCCGGCGGGAUGGUGGCUGCUGGAUUUCUGCGCGGCAAGUGCGUGCUGGUGCUGAGCCUCCUGGCGGCACUGGGCUUCGGCCGCUGCGCAGGCCAGAUGAAUGUAAUGAUCCCUCAGAAUGUUCAAGUCCACAUUAUAAACACAAACAUCACGCUAAAAUGGGACUGGGAUAGUUGGAACAACUUCAGUGUGACAUUCUCAGCUCAUUAUCAGUGGUUGGAGGAUUAUGAGGAAGAUGGAACAAAUUGGACAGAGUUACCUGGGUGUGAAAAUGUCACUGUCACCAAAUGUGACAUUUCCUCAGCAGUGACGGAUUAUUUGUGCAACUAUUCUGUGCGUGUAAGAGCUGAAACAGGAGAAGAAAAAUCUCCAUGGUCGGAACCUUUCAUAUUUGUUCCAAAUAUAAUAGCUGAAAUUGGUCCUCCAGAAGUGCAACUGGAAUCUGUAAAUGGAAUAGUGAAAGUCAACAUUUCCCCUCCAGAGGCAAAUUCGAAGGAAAAAAUGUGGACACAGCACAGUUUUAGCUAUAAUGCCGUUAUCUGGAAAAAGUCAUCAAAUGCAGAGCCAAAAAAUAGAGCUAUUUAUCCUAGAGAUAUAAUUGAUGAUCUUGAACCAGAGACUACUUACUGUCUGAAAGUUCAAGCACGCCUCAUCUCUGAAGCAAAAAGAGGUUAUUUCAGCCCAGAACAAUGCAUAAACACAACUAAAGCAUCGAAUGGGCUUCCUUGUCCAACAAAUGUCACAGUUCAUGCUUUGAACAUGAAAUUUCUUCUCAGUUGGGAUAAUCACUACAAUACCAGUGUGAGCUUCAACGUACAAUAUCUCAGUGGUUUUUAUAAGCAAUUUAAUGAAGAUUACUCAAAUAAGUGGUACAUUGUACCUGGAUGUGAAAACAUCUCUCAUACACAAUGUGACUUCUCUGACAUCGGCGCUAGUGGAAAUUACUACAUCCGUGUAAAUGCUACGAAUGGAUAUAAUAGAUCAUGUUCCUCAAAAGAAAUAAAAGUGGAUCCUUGUGUAGUAAAUGAAAUUGGCCCUCCCAGCGUAAAAGUGAACUCCGGUCCCAAAUUACUCCGUAUCCAGAUCACUUGUCCAGGAGAGGAAAAUAAGUCCAUGAGUGAAUGUUAUGAAUUGUCUUACAGAAUUCAGUACUGGGAAAAUUCGUCAAAACCUGAGGUAUCAAAUGACAUGGCGCAACAGUCAUUCCACACAAUCUCAAACUUGAUGCCCUCAAGAACAUACUGCUUGAAAAUACAAGCAUUUGCACAAGCAUAUAAUAAGAGUGGUCAAUUCAGCAAUGUGAUAUGCACUGAAACACUUAGUGAUCACAUGUCACCUCUAGUUGUUUUGACAACCUUUUUAACUGCUGUGGUAGUUGUCCUUGUUUUAGCAGUGGCCAUCAUCUUGGGUAUAUAUCUUUCAUAUAAAAAGAUCAAAUAUGUAUUCUUUCCAUCAUGCAAGCCUCCUUCUAACAUAGAGCCCUUUGGCGGACAACUCUUCAGUAAUCUAUAUAUAUCGACUUCAGAGGAACCAGCAGAAAAGUGUUGUAUAAUUGAGAAUACCAUUCAAGAAGAAGCAAACUUUAAAAACUACAGUAACUCUAAACAAAGCAGUCGAGAUUCAGGAAAUUACUCUAAUGAUGAUGAUACCUCAGGAAGUAAAGUGUCAGAAGAAACCCUGGAACAGGAAAUAAUAUAACUAAGAAAGCAUCUCAAACAUGACUAGGAACAUAACUAGCACUUUUGGUGUAGAACAAAGACUUUACUUAGUGAAGAAAGGCUGACUUUGGGCUGUUGUUAAGUUUUUUUGUUUUGUAUUUUUCUACUGAAAAGGAAGAAAAAUUAUGGAGAACCAGUAUUAUAACACUGUUCCUCUGCUAGAAAUAGCCUAAGGAACUGUUUGGUUUUGGGUACCUUGUACCAUGUUGAUUUGGUACUUUGUUCUCAUCUGUUUACAAUAAAAAUAUUUGUUCAUCU